UGCGAGGGCAGAAAACCGGUAGCUGACCACUUGUCAAACACAUGCCAGAGGUCUGGACAGAGACACGGACCGGAGAGCUGUUCUGUUUCUCUGGAUUUCCCCUGAACCGUCUCUCAGUUCUCAGCAGGUAGAUGCAGCCUGACAGCGACAGAGAGAUGGCCAUACCCCGGAUGUUUAACUCCAGCACACCAUUCAUCAUCGUGACUGGCAGCUCUGAACUCCCGUUUCUGGGCAAAGAGGACGGCGGCCAAGGAUGUGAGGAGGAGCCGGACUCGCUGGUCCAAGUCAUGACCCCCCAUCUGAGCCAUGUGAUGCAGCACGGCACAGCCAAGCAUGUGGUCACGGAGGGCUUGGAGGACAAGCCCUGUGUGUCCAUAGUUGCACAAGCUGAAAGGGAAGACUUCCAGGAGUUCACCCCUUCCAGCACGGAGUGCCCCUUCUCAAGAGCUCAGCGUCUCCAGAAGCAUAGAUUUCUCAAGGAGGAUGCUGCCCUCCUCAGUGGAACGGAGGAAGAGGAGUCGGAUGGGGCUGCCAAAUUCGUGCGUCAUCACCUUCGGAGGAAAAAACAACGCAGAAAAAGCCGAAGCAGGCAGAGCCGGCGGCAGGAGGGAGAGGAGGCUCCUGUCAUCCGGGGUCUGUGGGUGCAGGAGAUCGACUGGCUGAAGACAGCAUCAUCCACUGAGCUCAUCCCACCUCCCCCUGAGUUCAGUGACUCAGUUCCCUGCUGCCAUGGCGACCUGCUCCAGUCCUGCACAUCCAGAGGCUGCAGCUGUGCAGGUGCUGAUGUCUGGGGAUCAGAGGAGGUGAUCAGGGUGAUGGAUGCCGAUGACUCAUCCAGCACUGACAACGGGGCCUCCCACUCUGAAUGCAAAUCUCCUACCACUCAUGAAUGGGACUCGGACUCAUCUGGCUGCACCGAUGCCGACGUACAUUCUGCACUUGACCUCAUGCACUUGUCAGGGUUGACUUCUUCCCAGCAUGCAGAGCUGCGUUGGGGCUCCAGUGGGCUGACAGCGAGUCUGCUGGGGGGGUCAGGCUCUCCCUCCACAUGCAGCAGCGGGAGCACAUCCCAGAGUGGGUGUGAGGAAGACACUGGUGACGUGAUAUUUGAUGAGCUAAAAGGCAAGGUGACGCAGGUGUCGAAGCUGUUCCUCUCCUCCUGUGGAGCUUCAUUAAAAUACAUGCUGAAUGACUGGAAGUCCAGGAAAGCUGCCAACGAAGGGCUCAUAUUCCAUCAUCUACUGCGGCCCAGCGGUUGUCAGUACAGGGACGGAGAGGAGUACAGCGUUCUGCACCACAUCCAGAAUGGCUCGUAUGGUGAUGUGUUCUGUGUUCGGGACAUAAGAACCGGAUUCAAAUGUGCUGCCAAAAGGAUUCCUCUGAGUCACUUCAGCAGCGAGGAGCUGAGCACGUGGAGCGCUCUGAACUCUCCUCGGGUUGUGGAGCUGUUUGGGGCUGUCAGGGAGGGGCCGCAUGCCGUGCUCUUCAUGGACCUGAAGCCAGCUUGCUUAGCCCAGCUUCUGAGGGCGAUGAUGUGCCUUCCUGAGGACCUGGCCCUGCAUUACCUGCACCAGUCACUGGAGGCGCUGGAACACCUGCACAACAGAAACGUGCUUCACCUGGACGUCAAAGCUGACAAUGUGCUGCUGUCUGCAGACUGCAGAAACACAUUCCUCUGUGACUUUGGUCUCUCUGAGACUCUCGAUGACGGCGGAUGGAGCACCAAGACUUUCAGGGGAGCUGGCUUCCCUGGCACAGAGACCCACAUGGCUCCCGAGGUGGCGAGAGGUGAUCAGCUUUGUGCCAAAGCAGAUGUGUGGAGCAGCUGUUGCAUGCUACUACACAUGCUCAAUGGGUGCCAGCCGUGGAUCCGUUACUACGCCCAUCCACUCUGUCUCCAGAUUGUCAAUGAGCCUCCACCUCUUUGGGAAGUACCGUCCAACUGUAACAACUUCACGGCCAAAGUGUUCAGAGCUGGACUCCAGAAGGACCCGGACAGAAGAGCAUCGGCAAAGAAGCUCAGGAGGAAAACCACCAAAGCCCUCAGAGCAGUUGGAGGUCUCAGCACUAGUUCAGUGGAGACCGCCUAUAAGCAGCUGCAUCAUGGCCACAGGCAGAAUGACGAUGACCACUGUGCUGUGAUCCCUGAGAUCCCUGUCAGCCCAGAGAAACCAGCGGGGGCCUUCGGCGCUCCAGAUGUGGUCUGGGUGAGCUCCUGGAGAACCAUGGCAGUGGAGGAGGACAGCAGUGACGAGGACGGUGGUGCUUCAGACCAAACCUCUGAGCCAGAGACUGAUUCUGCAACCGGAGACUGGGACUCCCAUCCAGGGUUACUGCGGGAUGAUUGUACACAGGAUGCAGACUGGGACACUGGGUCAGACUCAGAAGUUGACAUAUACAUUGGAGAAGAGGAGUUUAUUCAGGAGAAGUGGCUUAAAACUGAGAACGACUAUGAGGGUGACUGGGAGGAGGGAGAAGAUGAGGAAGAGGAUGAAGAGCAGGAGUCGCCUGUGUCCACAGAGUACCUCUGUGCUCUCCGAGACCUCUUCCCUUUGCUGCAGAAAGGCCAGCCAGAGCCCAUGAAUGACGGUUCCAGGGGGUCCGAAGCAGAGCUGGAGUACCUCAGAGAUGAUGUCCCUAUAGGCACCAAGAUGCAGACUCCUUCUCCAGAACCUCGAGAUGACCCCCCCUCCUGUUUCAGCUGCUCAGACAACUCCCAGAUAGACACAUCAGAGAAGGACUCCGAAUACUCGUCUGAUGACCUCAGCUCUGGCGUCUUUUCCUCCUGCAACAGUCACGCAGGCGGACACCUGGAGUGGUUGGCUCCAGCCAACCAGCCCUCUUCAUGCUGCUUUGAUGGUGUGGAUAUCUGGAUUGAAAACGUUCAGGGCCAGUGUUUGAGGAUCCGAGAACGCCGGUGGGUCAAAGUGGGCCACGUUGCUGUAGGAAUCAGUGAUCAGGUCUCAAUGAAAGCUUUCACUUUAGAGACUCUGGACAGAAAGGCGGUGUCCCUUGAACAGGAAAUCAAAGAGUCCGGUCUGUGGUUCUGCUGCGUUCCUGCUCAUGACGGGUGUCAGUGCUGGAGGUGGAGGGUCAGAGAUGGCAAGCUGGAACUUCGGGAAUGAGACUGACGUUCUCUGUUGCUGCUUUUCAACAUUUAUUUUGUGUAGUUUUUUUACUAAAUGCAGUUGUUAUUGUCUAUUGUUCUUUGGAGAAAUUAGUCCAUUUCCCGUUCGUGUCUGAGUUGAUUUAUACAACUUCCAAGACUUUGAGAUAUCAGCCUCCACAUGUGAGGACAUGAGUGACAAAGCUGAACAAAGACAAAUACUCAGUGAGGCAUUUUUCAGGAACAAUACACGUGCAAGGACUCUCUUUCCUCUGAAACCAGCUGGACUUCUUCACACCAAAGAUGACCGGCUGGAUUCACAUCUGCUAUACCUGGGGAGGACGUCGAAGUCCACUGAGCCCACUGAGCCCAUUUAGCCCGCUGAGUCCACUGUCAUGUUCAAGGAACCAGUUUUAUUCUGCAGUCUGAUGUGGAGUUUUAUGAUAGGAGGUCUACAAAAAAGAUAUCUCUUAUAGUAUAAGAAAAAAUAACUGUGGAAAAGUAUACACUUAAACAAUAAUACAAAUGUAGAAAUAUCAGGACAAAGAAAUUUAUAAAUGUGGAAACAAAACAAAAACAAAACAAAGAACAAUUUAAAUAUUUUUCAUUCAUUUUUGCAUUUAUUUUCUUCUUUACAGUAUCUAAAGUUAGCACAAAAAGGAAAGGCAUUUGUGUUUGGUAGAUUUCUUCAUUGUACCCAUGCUUCUUGACAAUAAAUCU